UUUGUGUAUAUGCUUUCAUUUUCUCCUUAACACAAACAAGAUUUUGUGCAAGUUUUGAAAGAAGAAGAAGAAAAAAGUUAAGACAAUGGAGGGCUUAAUUCCUUAUCUUUUCCAUGCAAUGAAGAAGCAAAAGCCACGCCACAACUAUAGAAGCCAAUCCGUAGGUUCAAGCAGGAGCUACCAUCUCUUGAUCACCAAUGACGAGUCAUCGCACCGACGAACACGAUCGGAUUUUCAGCCACCAGCGUUGGAGUUCUCGGAUCAACGAUCGACACACGAGUUAAUGCAUUCCCGGAGCGUUAGCAAGGGUGCCUUUGGAUCAUCUACUAGACCAAGUUAUGGAUUUGAAUCUGGCUUCUCUUCUUAUCCUGGUCAAGUUACAAAUAAGCCUACUUAUUAUGGUAAUCCUCCUCCUCGUUGAAAGAAAUAACAAAGUGUGUGGAGGAUUAUUAUUUGAAUCUUCAAGUGACAUACCAAUUUAUUGAUUUGUAAAAUGUUCUUAUUAUUUUUUCAUCUUUUAAUUUGUUUGAUUGUAUCGUUGGGCGGUGAAGAAUCAAUGUGUAAAGUGGUGGAUCUCCAUGAAAUAUAUGGUGUGAACAGCCAUCUUUUAUGAC